ACCAAGGUCAUGCAAGAGUCUCUGCCAGCAUGAUGAAGAAAAGAACUUCCCACAAAAAGCAUAGAAACAAUGUGGGACCAAGCAAACCUAUUUCUCAGCCACGAAGAAACAUUGUAGGCUGCAGAAUACAGCAUGGCUGGAAGGAAGGAAGCGGACCCAUAACACAAUGGAAGGGCACAGUUCUUGAUCAAGUUCCUGUAAAUCCUUCUCUCUAUCUUAUAAAGUAUGAUGGAUUCGAUUGUGUGUAUGGACUAGAACUGCACAAAGAUGAAAGAGUUUCAGCACUUGAAGUCCUUCCAGACAGAGUUGCUUCAUCUCGAAUUAGUGAUGCCCACCUGGCAGACACAAUGAUAGGCAAAGCUGUGGAACAUAUGUUUGAGACAGAGGAUGGCUCAAAAGAUGAAUGGAGGGGGAUGGUCUUGGCUCGAGCUCCUAUUAUGAACACAUGGUUUUAUAUUACCUAUGAGAAAGAUCCUGUCUUGUACAUGUACCAACUCUUAGAUGAUUAUAAAGAAGGUGACCUUCGCAUUAUGCCUGAUUCCAAUGAUUCACCUCCAGCAGAACGGGAACCAGGUGAAGUUGUGGACAGCCUGGUAGGCAAACAAGUGGAGUAUGCCAAAGAAGAUGGAUCAAAAAGGACUGGCAUGGUAAUUCAUCAAGUUGAAGCCAAACCAUCUGUCUAUUUCAUCAAAUUUGAUGAUGAUUUCCAUAUUUAUGUCUAUGAUUUGGUGAAGACAUCCUAGAUAUCGUCAUGAAAUUUUGCCAAAUUUGUGGAACUAUUAAAUGUAAAAUUUGUAGACACAGACUUGACUGCUUUUCAGUUAAACAAAAGCUUAAAUGUCCCUGUGAACUCGCAGUCUCUGCUAGCAAACCUGUUUUGUUCUGAAUGUUACAAACAUUUAUGUGAAUGUGACAAAUUUUGCAUAAGAGAACUCAAUUUCUUGAUGAAAGUCAAUAUAUUUGGGUAGGAGGGAGUUAAAAGCAUAGAACAGCUGCAAAAUCAAGCUGUGUAAAGUCAAUCUAAUAUUGUAAUCUAAUUGUUUUCAUAGAUUUUUAACAUUUUCUUCAAUGUUACACUCAUCUCUUCAACUGCCACAUGCAAAUGUAGUUUGCUAUUUUUAUGUCUUCUUUUGUAACAUUACAGUUAAUUUCUUUGCUGCUGGCAGUCCUUGUUUUCCAGGUUGAGUCAGAGGUGACUUUUCUCAAAGAUUUGAAUGGUUUAUGAAGCAGUAAGGAGUGCCUAACCCAAGUAACAUAAAUUUACUGUGUUUCUAGGCUUUUUUUUUUUUUUUUUACAUUAAGCUUUUUAAAAACUUUCAGUACAUGGAAACAAUUGUGCAUUUUUAGUAGUCACGGGGCAAUAAGAUAUCAAGUGUUUGACUUAUACACCUUAUAGAGACAAAAAAGCUACCUUCAAUCCUAAAUGUUGUACUUUCUUUUGUUAUACACAUUUCUUAGCAAAACCCAAGUACUUGGUGCCACAAGUUUAACAGUAUAUAUACUACUUAAGAAGACUUCAGUCUAUGCAUUGUCAAUCAGUAGUCUCUCAUUUAAUGUUAGAACCUACCAAACUGGAUAUCUGUCUGUAGACUUAAAAGCCUAACCAUAGUUAAUGUUUUACAUGGUAAAUACAAUCUCAAGGGUGGAGAUGGAGUCCUCUUACUUUGAAGACCUCCUUUAGAGAAGAAGUAUUUAUUGCCUUCUACUCAGUCUGCAGACGAUUCUGUUUGAAUCUCACACCCAGAGGAGCGGGAUUCGAACCCAUGCCUCCACAGGAGACUGUGACCUGCAGCCUUCUUGCUUUUGUUCUCAACCAUCUUGGUUCAAGAAUAUAUGUUCCCAAUAUAUUGUUUUUCUGACUUUUCCAUGUAAGGAGUGUCCAAAGAAAUCUACAGCUUAAACCUGUUGUUGCCUUUUGUGGUGUACUUGCUUAGAGGUAUGUUAACAUGAAUUUCAUUAUAUGAGCACUAGAGUUCUGCAUGCUAGUGGUGUACUAUCUAAUGGAAGCUAUAGGCAGUCUCAGUGGUUCAGUCAUCUGCAUUAGACUGUGGAUGUAAAUAGCAGCCAAAUCCUUUCACAGUUUUAAUCUUGCAAGAUGGUUGUAAAUCGAGGUUAGGAUUUCAUUAUUUUUUAAGUUUAGCAGCUUUUAAAAGCAUCAGAAUUGCAACAAGGCAACAAAAUUGCACAGCAACAAAAUUGUUGUUACUUUAGAGCAGGACUCUACAAGCUUCAAAGUACAGCUUCACAGUAAUACAGUAUGUGAAGACAGUUACUACUGAUGGAAAGAAGGAAUGCAUAGAUAUAUACAAUCUUAUGCUCUUAGUGGAAGGAUUCAGUAGAGGUGCUAUUAAUCAAAGAUCAAAGGUUUGACCUCUAUUUUUAGUAUUCUUGAUAUCAAAGAGUCAGUGGUUUAAGCCCCUUUCUGUCCUUUUCCUGAUUUUAUAUUUUAGCCUUAAGGCUUGUGCUUCAUUAUGCUGUUGAAUGGUAAUACCAUAUAAAUAUGAUACCUUAAUUCUUUGUCUCUUGCUACUAUAUUACAUUCUGUCCAGUAUUUCAUCAUGGGCAACCCAAGGCAGGCAAUUGUAUUUCAGUUCACAGCUUCUCAAUCCAGUACUCAAGCACUAAGUACCUGAGUUGCAAAUUUUCCUUCUGUUUUGAACAAAGCGAGCAGAUUUGCAACACAGUGCUUUCAUCCUGCAGAUCUGUUAUGUGCUUUCUAUUGACUCUUAGAGUCCUGCAUGUAAAUCUUAAAGCUGAGCCUGGCUCCAUGAGCCCCAGUUGAUAUUUGUGGCACAAGAAUGAGUGAGUGUACUGAUUAUACACAAGAUACGUUAAUAACUUGGUACAAGGAAUUUUGGGCUAUAUGUCUAAGGAAUGCUUUGAAAUAGCUGAGGUUUAGGUCUACUGUAACAUUUUUAGCAUUAGGCUUGCAUUUGUGGGUUUUAUGCAAACCAUCCUAAUAUAUCAGGUAUUUUGAUAAUUAGAAUAUAAUCUAUAAAGUGUCAAAUUUCUGGUUGUUUUUAUAUGUCACUGUUGUUUGUUACACAGUUGUUUUUUGUUUUCUUUUCAUAUUUUUUCUUAAGGUUUGGAGUUUUGGUUUUUUUAAUUUGUUUGGUAGGGUUAUUUUUUUAUUUUGUUUUUGUUUGAUAGCUUAAGAAACACAUUUUUGAGGCUUGAGACUGAUUCUACUCCCUGACAUCUGCUUUGGGCUUUGUUUUAGGCUAAUGCUUCAGAUCUGCAUGCAGUGCUUUUGUUAACCUGGUAACUAAUUGUUGACCCCUUGUUCUAGAGGUUCAACAUUGCUUUCCAAAUUUAUCAUAGAGCUUGUGAUGGCACAUUACAUGGAUCUUUGGAUAAAAGUUAUUGGCCUCUCUAAAACCUGCUGUAGUAUUGUUGUAUAUUGUGUGCGUGUGUGAUGUCAAGCUGCCAUGUAAAACUUUUUAAAACAAAAAAAAAUUAAACCUGGGCCAUCCUUCUCUGCAUGCUUAGAAAGUUAGAACAUUCAAUGUAACAAACUAAAGUUGCAUGUUAUAAUGUUUAGAUUUGGGUUUUGUUCUGUUUUUUCUUUCUUUCUUUUUGAGGGGGAGGAGGGUUCAUUUUUUUGUGAAUUUGCUUAUUGUGCUGUUUAAAUGGUUGUUAGUAGGAUUAAAUGCACUGGUGAGGCAAACAUAGUGCCAACAGAAGGUAAUUUUCCAGUUGUAUAUGUCAUACAGCAUUUGAAGGGAUCAUGUAUUCUGUUCAAGAACAGAAUCACAACUGAUUAGUACAACACUACUUAUUUUCUUCUUUUGAAUGGCAAACCCUAAACUAAGUUGGACUAUGUGAAGACUGAAACACUUUGGAGAAAGUCUUACUUAUUACAAUAGGUAGAAGCCUUCUUUAAAUUAAUUAUUUUAAAAGCGAGGCUUUAUUUUCAGACAGAAUAUACUACACUUGUUUCAGGGGAAAAAAUGGUAAAAACAGUUUUUGGUUCCUUGAAAAUGCUGUGCUUUUUGUAUUUUAGAUCAUUCAUUAGUGCAAUUUGGAUGGUUCUUGGUAUGUGUAUAGUACAGAUGUCUUUGUAUUUACAUUAUAGAAAUAGGUAAUGACUUCAUCUUUAGAACUCAGUUUCAUUAUUUUUACUUUAUUUUGAACAAUUUAGACAGUUCCCUGUUUUCUGCAUUUAUAAGUAUGAAUACUUUAAAUCUGUUACUUAAUUCUGUAAGUAAUUUUUAUAAUUAUGAUGUAACUCUAUCCUUAAAACAUUUAAAAUAAAUCCUUUAUGUGCAACUCA